GCAUUUUGCCUUCUCAGUUAAACGACGUCGUAGAAGGUGUACAUACGCAGAUUUCUGUACACUCAUCGUCGAAGUUCUUCGGUUUCUCCCUUGGUAACGUGAUCAGGGUUUUGGAUUUCCCCUGUAACAUCCCGUUUCUCUUCUCCCGACGCCAUGGAUUCUCUUGGUAAGCUGCAGCACUGCCACCAGUCCCUUCACCUUCUCGUCAACGGUGUCCCCUGGAUUUCAAAACCAAUUUCUUAUCUUAGCAUCAGAACCCCACUGCCGGUACCGUCGUCGUCGUCGUCGUCGUACAAAUCGUCAUCUGUUAGAGCCUUGAAGCGAUCACCGUCGCUAUCGUUCGACUCGUUUUGUCAAGCUCCACGACGGCGUGGGCCUUCACUCCCCCAAAUUCUAGACCCCAUUUCCUCGUCGAUCCUCAAAACCACCUGCGUCACUUUUGCCGCCGCCUUGUUUUUUAUGCGGUUUUGCGGCAAACCUGCUAUUGCAGCCCCAAUUCCUCCGCCUACGGUGGAAUCUGUGAAGGAAUCAACGGAUGGUGAAGAAGAUAAAGAGAGGGCACUUGAAGAACAACUGGUACACAAUCCCAAUGAUGUUGAAGCUCUUGGAUUGCUCAUGGAGGUAAGAGUUAAGGCUCGCAAGUUUCCUGAAGCGAUUAAAAUUUUAGACCGUUUAAUUGAACUUGAGCCCGAUGACUUAGAAUGGCUAGUAUUGAAGGCCAACGUUUAUAUUCAUAUUGGCGAUUCUGAAUUGGCGAGAAAGGAAUUUGAAAGGAUUUUAUCGAAGGAUCCUUUUCAGGCUGAGGCCUAUCAUGGGCUUGUAAUGUUGACGGAGACAUCAGAUACUGAUUCAUUGAAGGCGAUUCUGAAUAGGGUUGAAAGGGCAUUAGAACAUUGCAAGAAACUUAAAGGGAAAUCGGAGGAAAGGGACUUUAAGCUCUUGAUAGCUCAGAUUAAAGUCAUGGAGGGUAGUUACUCCGAAGCACUGAAAGAUUACCAGGAACUAGAGAGGGAGGAGCCGAGGGAUUUUAGGCCAUAUUUGUGUCAGGGAAUUCUUUAUACUCUGCUUAAGAAGAAUGAUGAGGCUGAGAAACAAUUUGAGAUAUUUCGAAGGCUUGUUCCGAAGAACCAUCCCUAUAAAGAAUAUUUUGAUGAAAACACGUUUUCAACCAAGCAUUUCGUACAACAAAUUGAGAGGGAUGCAUCGACUUCAAAUCACUGACUGUCUUUUUUCAUAUCUUCAGAGCUUUCUGGUUCUACAAUGAUGGUUUUGUUGCUUAGUUGCAAUCUAGCUCCACUUUUUGUCAUAUUUGGUUGAAAUUAAGGGAUGAGGUAAAUAUGUUUUGUUAUUCCCAUGUUAUGGAUCCUAUUUUUUUCAUUGCUGGGGCUUGGUGCAUUGAAUUGCAUGUGUCUAAUCAAAGUACUCUUUGGUUGGUGAACUUCUAUUGUUCAUCAUGGAUUUUUGGACAAAUUUUUUUAACUUUGAAUCAUGCCAUUAUGUGAAUUACUUCCUACAAUUUGUCCUAAACCUUUUGUAGCUUGUUGGCUUUGUGGGGAACUGAGAUAAAAGUCUUGGGGUAUUCCAUAUGUUGCAGGUUUGAUCCUUUUCGGUAGAGAGAAGGAAACCAGAAGCAAAAUUAUUUCCUACAAUUUGGCUGACAAAACCCCCCUGUUUUGGACUGAGUUAGAGCAUUUUCUGGCUUGUUCAAAAGCAACAUUUGGUUGCUUUCUUUCUUUCCCUCUCUCUUUCUCUCAAGGGAGAAACAGGAACUUUGAAUUUUUCUCCUAAAUCUUAAGUAGUGAACAUUUGAAUUUACUUUAGCACCCUAUCUCCUUCUAAUAGGGUGACUGGUGAAGAUUGUACAUUGCUUUUCUCCUUUCUCUUGAGUCUCUAGAUCUUGUUUAUAAAAUGGUGAAGAUGGUACAGUGUCGGAAGGUCAAGAAACUUGGUGACCUAAUGACAAGGGAGCCAAUGAUCAAAGUCUCGGUGAACGGUGGCCCUAACUAUAACGGUCUUAAGGUAGCGAAAUUCCUUAUCGGGUAAGUUCUGACCCGCAUGCAAGGUAUAACGAUCUGGGCACUGUCUCAGAAAGGAGCUCAGUGAAAUUGACAUGUACUAUUUGAACCUCGACAGAAAGACCAUGUAUGUGAAGAUGUAGGCUACUUGCACCUAGACAGAAAGACCCUACGAAACUUGCACUGUUCCUUGAGAUUGGCUUUGAAUUAUCUAACUUGAUUAUAUGAUUGAGACAUAUACUCUUUACCAAGGUAUUAAAGAUUUGAAAGAGAUAUUUGUAUGUUUUUCUUCUUAUAUACUCUUUACCAAGGUAUUAAAGAUUUGAAAGAGAUAUUUAUAUGUUUUUCUUCUGGUUUAUCUUUUUAGAGUGCGUUCUACCUCGCACAUAGAAUUUAGAACUCUUAAACUAGUCAUGAAUAAUACCAGAUUAUUAUUGUUGAUUAAAGUAGUCUUGAUUUGCGUCUAUUAUUAUGCCUAACUUUAUUAAAUAGUGUCCUUCCAUUUGAAAAUUGAAGUGGAGCACCAUGGCAUGCUUUUUAAAUGUUUUAGGUCACCCCUUGCUUUCAACUUUUGUGGCUGUAUGUCUCUUCCAUGCACGACAUAGCCCGUAACACCUGGCCUUUUUAAUGCUCUGCUUCAUUUUCUCCCUUCAAAGGACUUUGCUUCUUUUUCAUUUUACUUUUACAUUCUGAAGUGAGAUACAGUCUUAGGUAGAUGUAGAUUCUCAUGAUGUAAUUGUGUCUGUAUUUUUUGGGUUUAAAAAUGAAUUUGAGUUUCAUUUCUCUGUCACGUCGCAUUAAUUCAUCUGGGCCAUGCAAUUGCAGAGGGUAAAGAACAAGUGGAGGCUUGGAGACCAAGAACUCCCCACAAGAUACGACACAAAGGAGCAGUGCAUGAAUUGGAAGGAAACAAAAGAAGCUUCAGUUGUCAUAUGUCCUAUCACUCUGUCCAUGUUUCAUGCACCACUGCAUGCUUACCCAUCCUUUUUAUUUCCCAAUAAAAUAUUUGUACCAAGUACUUUCAUGACAUGCAUUAUACUAUACUUUUUUUUCAUUUUCA